AUGGAGCGUCCGCGCUCUAAGCAUGAUUAUGGGACAGGGCAGACCUACCCAGCCUUCUUAAAGGCGAGUUUGAUGGGGCUAAGUCCUCGCAAAUUUGCUCCCUGCCUUUUUCCAUCCAGUGCUAUGUCUUAUCCUGUUGCUCCUGAUGCCGAUGAGCUCUCUGGGUUUGUCCUUAUCAACGCUGAAAAGACCUCUAUCUCCACUGCUGCCCAUGUGGACCAUGAUUCCCUUCCCACUGCUGUCGACCCUGACCCAACCUCCGCCUCCUCUGCUCUCAAAGCGGACGAGGCCUUUUCUUUUGCUAUGAUUGAGGUAGAGCAGACAUCUGCCCCCGCAAAGGCUCCUAUCAGUGGAACAUCCAUUCCCACUGCCAAUGAUGAGUCAGAGGACGAGUAUAAACGGUCUGUCCUUGAUGUCACCGAAGAUGAAUGGGAG